AUGGCUGCCCUGGCGUCGAAGCAAGAGUCGAUCAAGAUAUUCGAAAAGUUGAAGUCGAAGCCUGCGAAUAAGGUUUGCUUCGAUUGUGGCCAGAACAACCCAACGUGGACCUCGGUCCCUUUUGGCAUCUACCUGUGUCUUGACUGCUCCGCGAACCACCGAAACCUUGGUGUUCACAUUUCCUUCGUUCGAUCGACCAACCUCGACCAAUGGCAAUGGGAUCAACUACGCCUUAUGAAAGUUGGCGGCAAUGAGUCAGCCACCAAAUUCUUCCAGCAGAACGGAGGUACGGCGGCGCUCAAGAGCAAGGACCCUAAGACCAAGUACGGGUCCAACGUCGCUUCCAAAUACAAGGACGAGCUCAAGAGGCGGGCUGCCAGGGAUGCGGCGGAAUAUCCUAACGAAGUUGUAAUCACCGACGGCGACACCCAAGGCAGUUCCACCCCCGCAGGCGAACCUGAGGACGACUUUUUCUCUUCUUGGGACAAGCCCGCCAUCAAGCGCCCGACGCCGCCAAUCUCUCGAACCGCUACCCCUCCCGUAAUCGGCCGUACCGCUUCCCCGCUUUCCGUCGGUUCCAAUGGCAAGGACUCGUCGCGAUCAUCUUCUGGCCUCGCCAAGCCCUCCGAGACCAAGCCUGCUGCCAGCAGGAUAACACACUCUGCUGCACUCCGCAAGACUGCCGGUGCUGGCCCCAAGAAGGCCAACAUCCUCGGCGCCAAGAAGGUUACGACCAAGCUCGGCGCGAAGAAGCUCACUGGCGACAUCAUCGACUUCGACGAGGCCGAGAAGCGGGCGAAGGAGGAGGCUGAGCGCAUCGAGAAGCUCGGUUACGAUCCUGAUGCUGAGGCUGAGGUUGAUACCGGCAAGGCUGCCAAGACUGAGGCUUCGAAUGUGUUGUCUCCCACGCCCGUGAGUCCCAACAGGGGUGGAUUCGGUGCCACUGCCGCUCCGGCCAAGUCUAGCGCCGAGGUGGAGCGAUUAGGCAUGGGCGUUGCGAGACUCGGUUUCGGACAGGUCGGUGCCGGCAAAGCUGCCUCCGCUGCACCAAAGAAGGCUAUGGGUGGCUUCGGCUCUGUGGGACCCAUCAAGUCGGCGGCCACUGAUGACGAACCUGACUACGCCCGCAAGAAGUUUGGCAACCAGAAGGGCAUCUCCUCCGACGAAUUCUUCGGCAAGGGUGCCUACGACCCCACCAUGCAGGCUGAAGCCAAGACUCGCCUCCAAGGCUUCGAGGGUGCCACCGCCAUCUCGUCCAACGCCUAUUUUGGCCGCCCUGAGGCCGAGCCCCAGGAGGACUACGGCGACCUCGAGUCCGCGGCCAAGGACUUUGUCCGCAAGUUUGGUAUCACGGCGGCUGAUGACAUCGACAAUCUUACGGCCGCGCUUGGAGAAGGUGCUACGCGGUUGCAGGGUGCUAUUAGAGCUUAUCUUGGGAACUGA